AUGGCUGGUGUUGCAGAAGUAGAUGGUGGAAGCAGCCACGGCCGCCAAGUCAAUGCAAGAGGUAAUUUUCUGAUGGGAGAAACCCUCCGCCGCCCUCGCGGAAGGCCAGCUGGCUCCAAGAAUAAACCCAAGCAGCCAAUUAUCAUCACUAGGGAAAGUGCUAAUGCAAUGAGAGCACAUGCAAUAGAAGUAAACUCCGGCUGCGAUAUUAACGAAACCUUAAUUAACUUUUCUCGGCGGAAACAGCGAGGCCUAUUCGUACUCAACGCAACAGGUUGCGCCACCAAUGUCACCAUCCGUCGGCCGGCUUCAUCGGGAUCAGUCAUCACUCUCCAUGGCCGUUUCGAGAUUUUCUCGUUGCUUGGAUCAAUUCUGCCACCACCAGCAGUGCCGGGAGUGUCGGCCGGCCUUACAGUGUACCUUGCUGGGACUCAAGGGCAGGCUGUAGGAGGGAGUGUGGUUGGUGCACUCAUUGCUUCAGGGCCUGUAGUUAUUAUGGUUGCAACUUUUGAUCACUUGCCAUUAGAGGAUGACGAGAUUGUUGCGGCCGCCAAUCAUAACCAGCAGUACCAAAACAACCGGCGGCUCCACUGGAUUGAUUUCUCAGAAAUAUAUGGGGUGCAACAAAAUUUGCUAACAAAUGGUACUGUACCCUCUGAGAUGUAUACGUGGGCACCUGCACCAGGACGACGGACUCUAUCCAAAUCUUAA